CUAUAUAGUGUUUAGACUCAUACUACAUCUUACCUAUGAAUAAAGAGAAAUUUCCGAUUCAAUUUAGACUAUUUAAUAUCAUAGUCUUUGUCAAUAAGGCUUUCUCAAGUAGUUGAAAGACUAAAGAGAAUCCAUAAUAAUCCUAUCCUUUUGGUCAUGGCCAUGGAGAUCAAAGAUGCAGAUACCAGCUAUAAGUACGAUGUUUUUCUAAAUUUUAUGGAGCAUGACACUUACACCUUUACUGGUAAUCUGUAUUAUGCUCUUCGCAACAAGAGAAUUAAGACCUUUUUCUUCCCAAAGGAAAUUCAAAAUCAUGAUGAUUACCAACUUCAACUCUCACUUUCUGUUCCAAAGACAAUUCAAGAAUCAAGGAUUUCAAUUGUUGUUCUCUCUAAAAACUAUGCAUCCUCCACCCGUUGUCUCGAUGAACUUGUCAACAUCCUUGAGUGUAUGGAAAUGAAAAGUCAACUUGUUUGGCCAAUCUUUUAUGAAGUGGGGCUUAUAGAGGUAAGGCAUCAGAAAGGUUGGUUUGGGGAAGGCUUGUUGGUGUUAGAAAAAAUAUACCCUGACAGGAUACAUCAAUGGAGGGUAGCUUUGUCUAAAGUCGCAUUCAUUUCUGGAUGGAACUAUGGAACUGAUCAGUUUGAUUAUGAACUCAUCGAAAAGAUUGUCGAGUCAACAGUACAAUCUCUGUCCUGUUACGAUGUUUUCCUAAGUUUUUGUGGGGAAGAUACUCGUUACUCUUUCACAGGCUUUCUGUAUCAAGCUUUGCGUCGUGAGGGGUUCAAGAUCUUCAUGGAUGAUGAGGGAUUGGAGGGUGGAAACCAAAUCUCACAAACUCUUCUGAAAGCAAUUGAGAAGUCAAGGCUUUCGAUUGUUGUUUUGUCUGAAAACUAUGGAUAUUCGACAUGGUGUCUGGAUGAACUUGUCAAGAUUAUGGAGUGCAAGAAGAUAAAGAAUCAACUGGUAUGGCCAAUAUUUUUCAAAAUAGAACAAUCAGAUGUAAGCAAUCAAACCAAAAGUUAUGGUGAGGCCAUGAGAGCACAUGAAGAUAGAUUUGGAAAGGAUUGUGAGAAUGUGCAAAAAUGGAGAUCAGCUUUAUCAGAAGUUGCCUUAUUGAAAGGAGAUCAUAUCAAAGAAAAUCAGUACGAAUAUGAAUUCAUAAAAAAGAUUGUGGAAAGAGCCAUUGAACCUGAAAAUAAUAUGUAAUAGCAAUUAGUCCUUGCACAAGUAACAACUACAAGGAAGAUAUGAUGAGUUCCUGUGUAAACUACAAGGAUGCUUUGUGUAACACUAGAAGAAUAUUAUUGAUAUAAUCUUAUGGUAGAAAUAAUAUACUGCAUGCAUUGUAUUCUAGUAUGUCUUUACAUUUUCAAGCUGGCUUAUUAUAAGAUAAAAAGUGGAAGAAAAAACUUUGGAUAUAAAUUGUCUGAUGUGAAGCUCUUUACCGCCUCUAUUAAAAUUUACUUUCCCCAUUAAAAGCUACCUUGUACUCUUGCAAAAUGUUGUAUAUCAAAUGAACUCUUGCAAUAAUCCACUCUUGAGAUAGCUUGGCUGAACUCUUGUAACACUCAUGAAAUAUCAAAACUAGAUAUACCUUUCCCCCUUCCUUAGGGGUCUGGUUUCAUCAAAUGCAACAUGAACAAACUCUUCUACCACAGAACUUCUAAGGUUGAACAACCUAUAUGCCUUACUUGAUUAGAAAUAUCCUAGAAAUAUUUCCUCGUUAGCCUUAUUAUCAAACCUGCCUUACUAUUUUUUUCGUUAUAUAAAAUAAAGCGUUUGCAGUCGAAAACGCGAAAAUAGGAGAUAUUAGGUUUUCUACCUU